CAUCCUUCAUCCUUGCACGGAGGGGAGACUGUUUUCAUCCGCUCCUCUCGCUCGUUAUCGCGGCGGACAAUUUCGUUUCGAGACCAAAAGUUUAACCCGGCGUUCCGCGCAAAUUCGCCGCAAAAAAACCCCGCAGUUGCUGCUUUUCCACCCAAAGUGACCCCCCUCCCAUCGAAAUCUAGCCCCGUCUUCGCAAUGACCUCUGUGACGUUCCGGCUGGGCAAGGCGUUCCACGUACCGGUUAGGAACCUUGCGACGACCUCGGCGUUGGCCCGCGAUGGCUCCUCCGAAUCCUGGCUCAGCAAGCUGCUGGUCCGGAAGAUCGAACCGACGAAGGAGUCCCACUCGCGGAUGCUGAGCGACAAGGAAAUCAUCUACGAGCUGCACACGCACAACGUCCGGCCGGAUUCGGUCGGGAAGUACCUGGAGAACUACAAGAAAUCGGUGGAGAUUGUAUCGUCGAAGAAGGACCUAACCAUCGAGCUGAUUGGCUCGUGGAGCGUCGAUGUGGGCGAUUUGGACCAAUGUUUGCACCUGUGGCGCUACACCGGUGGCUUCGAGAUGGUCGACCAGAGCAAAAAAGUCCUCUGCAGCGAUCCGGAUUACGUGCAGCUCACCCAGGAGCGGGGCACCUUUUUGCGGUCGCGCCACUUGCAGUACCUGCUGGCGUUCAGCUACUGGCCACAGCUGGCUCUGCGGCAGGACAAGAACAUUUACGAGAUCCGAUCGUACCGACUGAAGCCGGGCACCAUGAUCGAGUGGGGCAACAACUGGGCGAGGGCCAUCAACUAUCGCCAGAACAACGACGAAGCAUUUGCUGGGUUCUUCUCGCAGAUCGGUCGCCUGUACAACGUGCAUCACAUUUGGUGCUACAAGGAUCUGCUGUCGCGCAAGGAAACACGUGAGUCCGCCUGGAGAUCGCCCGGCUGGGACGAGUGUGUCGCCUACACGGUGCCGCUGAUUCGUGAAAUGCACACCCGAAUUCUGACUCCGACCGAUUUCUCGCCAACCCAGUAGGGAGCAAUUCAAAUAAGUGUUGCAGGUUUAUGCGUUUUGUUUGAAGCGAAAAAUGUUUUGAGUUGUUUCAUUUUGUCGCUCAAAAGUUGCGUUUAUUUAGUUUGAUAAGCUCAUAUACCUUUUUGAUACUGGAUUGGAACUUACUAGCGUCCAAAAUGCAUUUAGAAAUAUUUUCCGGCCACUCUAAUAGAAAUGUGAUUGUUGGAAUAAUUUGUUCAAAAAAAAAAUCAUUUAACAUUAUUGCGCUUUAUUUUGAAUGAUGGUUUGUGUGCUUCUAAAUUGUGAAAAAUAUAUAUAUUUGUGUAGAACUCAA